CUUCCGACUUCCUUUUCUCUUGGAUGGGCAUUCACUGAAGUUAGAAAUAAAUGGGACGCAUGUUAGUACGGUUAAUCUAUUUUUGUACGGGCACCCUAGAACAAAGUCAUGACUGCACAUACUGGUCGCGACUGAAGCGGCUCCCGGCGCCUUUCUUUACUCCUCGUCUCUUUUCACGGCACGGAGCACAGAUUUGAUAUUCGAACACGUGCGUGGAUCGGUACAUUCCUCGGAGAAACGAACGAUUUCGACGCUGUAAUCAACAAGUGAACGCCAGAAGCAAAAUCGAGGAUCUCAUCAAUCACGAUUCCCGAUACGACCGGCGUGAUCAAUUCAUUACAGAGAAACAAUGAUCUUCCGAUUCUAACAGUUCUGACAGUUUCAAAUAGGGUUGUACCAAAAUUAACGAUGUGUACGCGUCGCACGCGCGAAACUAUUUCUCUGUUCCUGAUUCUCAUGGUAUUUGGUUUGUUUUCAACCGGGAACGCGGCGUCUGCACACAUACAUACCUAUCAACAUAACAAACCCACUAGUAAUGAGAGAACAGAGGAUGGCGCGUACAGUCCAAGAGACUUGGACCAUUACGCAGGAGGGGAACACCAUCAGGAGUUUGAUCAUGAAGCUAUACUCGGAAGCAUAAAGGAAGCAGAAGAGUUUGACAAACUUCCAAUGAAGGAAUCGAAGAGACGACUAGGAAUUUUAUUAACAAAAAUGGAUUUGAAUAACGAUACACUGAUAGAGAGAAACGAACUGAAAGCAUGGAUCUUACGUUCGUUCAGCAUGCUUUCCACGGAGGAAUCAAAAGACCGAUUGGAGGACGCCGAUAGCGACGAAGAUGGUAAAAUAAGUUGGAAUGAAAUUUUGCAAGACACGUACGGCACAGAUCCGGAAGAUUUAGCAGUGAACGACAAGCUCAUCACCGAUGACAAGCAGACGUUCGAGACUGCAGAUAUAGAUAAAAAUGGUUAUCUGGACACGGAGGAGUUCAAGGCUUACACUCAUCCCGAAGAAACUCCUAGAAUGUUCCCGCUUCUGCUUAAGCAAGCUUUGGACGACAAAGACACGGAUAAGGAUGGAUUUAUCAGUUUCCAAGAAUUUAUUGGGAACAGAGCUAAGGCGGAAGAUAAAGAGUGGUUGUUGAUAGAAAAAGACAAGUUCGAUUAUGAGCAUGAUAAAAAUAGGGACGGGCGACUGGAUUUGGAUGAAAUACUUUCUUGGCUAGUGCCUAGCAACGAAGAAAUCGCUGGCGAUGAGGUGGAUCAUCUGUUUGCGGCGUGCGACGACGAUCACGACAAUCGAUUGUCCUUCGACGAAAUUCUAGAUCAUCACGAUACUUUUGUAGGCAGCGAAGCCACGGAUUACGGAGACCAUUUGCAGGAUAUCGAGCGUUUCCAAGACGAGCUUUGAGAAUCGAUCGCCCAGACGCGUUAGCAAAAAUCUUUAUCUCUUUUUCGUAACACCUGUUGCAAAUUUCCAUCCGCGAAAAUAUUUUGAAUACUUCUGAAUAUCGCCCUUUCGACUCUAUGUAUGUUUUUGGUAUUCCUAUAUCUGCUGCAUUUAAACCAUAUUUAUAUCGAAGUCGUUCGUAAUUGCACAAACAUGCUCGAAGUAACAAACAGUAUCUCUCGGACUGCAGUCUUCCAGUUUUUACAAAACUUUAGUGCCAUAAAUGCAAUGACAUCUAACGCAAGAUGCAUCAGCACCCAUAGACUUUAUAUUUCUUACGAUUAGUAAAAGUUACCAGCGUUAUAUUAUCUUAUUCUCAUUAUUUAUUGUGUAAAUGAUUAAUUAUACGCACGCUUCGAGCACCAGAUUCUUAUGUACAUGUGAAAUUAUAAAAAGGAUCGUACUGAACCGAAGUUGUGACUUACCUAAAUAAAUAAUUUAAGUAGUUAGACCUUUACUGAUCAUCGUUCGGUAUUUAAACAAAUGUAACAUAAAUUCGAGAUACGUAGAUAGUGCUAAUUUUAUUCGAACCAAAAAGUUU